AUGGAUGUCUUAAUUUGUAGACCGUCCAAAAUCCUCAUUAAGAUUGAAGCCAAAAUCCCUCAGCCCAGCAGCAUCUUCACAACGUACGACAGCUGGAAUUUGAGUAUUAAUCAAUCCAAUAACUGUUCUGAAAAAGAAUCCAGUUGUGCCAAUGGUGAUGCACACGGAGACACUGAGGUUAAUAAAUGUGACCUUGAUGCAAAUGAUCGCCAGAACAUUCAAAACUUUGUUGCUGAUGUGCCAUACCUAGGGUCAUCUGUAGCAUCUGAGACUAACUUUGACAGUCUAGGAAUCAAAUUGCCCACAACAAACUGUAAUACUGAGCCAAGCAUGGAUCAUUCUCCCAUGAUAGCUCCCUCCAAAGUCCCUGUCAGCAUUCAGAAAAAUCAAGAAGCCAGGCCAGAUGAGUGCCUACUGAACCGUGGAAAUCUACAUUCAGUGGAGCCCGGUGAUCUUACAACACAGAGAGAUGGGACUCCAGACACAAAGAAUACUGUUGUGCCUGAGGGCCGCACUCCAGUGGGUGUUGAAUGUAGCACUACAGAAAAGAAGAGGAGGCCGUCCAUGUGCUCACCUCAGCAUUGGGAGGAAUUAAUCACAGAGCAUGGAGAACUUGAAGUUCAGCAGUCUGACAAAUCCUCUUCACGAGGCUUUAGCGCACCAACAACCAAUAUAACGGUAACCACUAUUCACUCCCUGGUUAAUCCUGCCCCUACCACCACUGCAGCCAUAGCAACAGCCAUCCCAGCAUUAAGCAAGGGGGAGGUGGGGGCGAGAGGUGGAUAUUUGCUGCCUCUGGUGAACUCAGAGUUGCUAUCAGAGCCGGCAAGAGUUGACGACAAGGACAAGGUGGCCGCUGACGACGGGUCUCUUGAUGUGGGCGAGGAGGAGGAGGAUGAGUUUGGGACUUUCAUGCAGGCAGGUGGAGAGCAGCUGUGGACGGACGGAUUCAGUGAGGUCCAACAUUUGGCUGAGGAUUGCAACUGUGAGGAACACACAAGUUCUGCUGAUGCAAAUGAACCCGCAUCCUGGGCAUCUGAUUGGACUGCAGUUCAGUCAUUCCAGCAGUCAGAGAGCACAUGGACCGCCUUCAGCCGGGAGACUGUGGAGCAGAAGAUAGUGCCUGGUGGCCAGUGGUGGACUUCUACCGAAAAGCCAAACCUUCCACUCUCUCCUCUCCAUAAUGUGUCAAAUGUGUUUCUAGAGGCCUUUCCCUCUGAGAAGUCCCCCUGUGAAGAUCCUGAAUACAUUCCUACACUAAAGCAGUUUCUGCAAGGACCAGCUGAAAACGGCAAUACAGGGGAGCACAAGGAGCAGAGCUUACUUGAUGGCCUCCAGGAUCUAGACCGGAUGAUUGGUGUGAAAUAUAAGAGGGCGGAGUCUCUUUCCCGUAAAGUUCUCCUUCAGUCACUGCAUUUGGAACGUCCCAGUUCUGAAUGCGUGACCGUUCGUCUGAAGACCAGUGCCAGAUUUUCUCCAAAUCUCCCAACAUCCAACCAGCAGUUAGCUGCAAAUGCUAAGAGAAGACUGUCAUAUGACUUCAACAGAAAUAUUAUGACUUAGUCUCUAUAUCUGCCGAAACAUCUUUGACCUAUGCUUCCUUGAAAACAGGAAAUACAGGGCAGAGGAAAAAUACAUGCUGAAAAACUGAAUAACUGAGUUUCCCUGGAUUGACUUCUAUUCAAGGUUUAUUUAAAGUGUAUUUCUUCUUUCAGUGUCUGUUCUCACUCAGUGUCUGGUAGAUUCUGUUUCUCAUUCAGCUGUGUAUCAAGACACACAAGACCUGUUUAGCCAAAUAUAUGUUUUUCAGUAUUUCAGAAUAUUGGGAUUAAAUUAGGACAAAUAUACUAAAAUUUCAAGUUAAAAAACCCUUUGCCAAAUUGUCUAGUCCAGGUAUAAGGAAUGAAUCUGGUUAUUGGACUGAUUUUGAUAUAACUGAUAUAAUCAGAUAAAAAUAAGUCAAUAUGCAUUUGUGUAUUACUUUCAAUAAUUGCUAUGUUAGUACUAACAUUUGUUAGAAUAAGAUAAUUUUUCUGGAACCAUAGCAAACCAGUUAGUGCACGUUCUCACAGGGAUGUAGAUGCAAAUCUAGGCCUGUCACGUCCUGAUCCACGUCCCAAACUUUCCUUCCUACUGUCUCACAUGAUGUAAAAUUACAUUUUAAAAAAUUAGAUUUUAGGGGGGGAUUAGGAUUCAUUUUUGCUCCCCGCAAGUUCUCCUUUGCCUGAAAACUGUCAAAGCACAUUUCCACAAAAUGUAUUUUCAUACACCACCUCACAGAGAAAUCCAUUUUCUUGUUUCCAUGUCUUUUUCCCCUGUGCUUGAAGUACUAAAUAUAACACUGUAGUGUACCAUUUUUAACCUCUGAUGAAUAGAGACCAUAUUUUCAGAAGUGUUUUAAAAUGAAUGUUAACAUUUUAAAUUGAACCUGCAAGCUUGUUUGUUGAUUGAUGUAAUUAAAACAUCUUUGAAGGACUGAAUGAAGUGGAUAACUGAGAGAUCAACCAUUUAAUGUUUCAUAACUGAGCAGAUGUGCUAAACGCCUAUGACUUAUGAACACAAAAUAUCUUUAGGCACAUUUCAGUUAUGUGCACUAGGGGCAUUUCCUCUGAGGAGGCAAGGGA